CCGGCCCGGCUGGCUCCCCCUCCGCACCCCUCCCGCCGGAGAUGAGGGGAAGAUGUCCGUGUCAGGGCUUAAGGCCGAGCUGAAGUUCCUGGCGUCCAUCUUCGACAAGAACCACGAGCGAUUCCGCAUCGUCAGUUGGAAGCUGGACGAGCUGCACUGCCAGUUCCUCGUGCCGCCUCCAGCGCCGCGGGGCAGCCCGCACUCGCCGCUGCCGCCGCUCACCCUCCACUGCAACAUCACGGAAUCUUAUCCGUCUUCUUCACCAAUAUGGUUUGUGGACUCUGAUGACCCAAAUCUGACAUCAGUUCUGGAACGUCUAGAAGAUACUAAAAACAACAAUUCGCUUCGUCAGCAAUUGAAGUGGUUGAUAUGUGAACUCUGCAGAUUAUAUAACCUUCCUAAGCACCUGGAUGUUGAGAUGCUAGAUCAACCACUACCCACGGGUCAGAAUGGGACAACAGAGGAAGUGACUUCAGAUGAGGAGGAGGAGGAAGAGAUGGCUGAAGAUAUAGAAGACUUGGAUCACUAUGAGAUGAAGGAAGAAGAGCCUAUUAGUGGAAAAAAGUCAGAGGAUGAAGGAAUUGAAAAAGAAAAUUUGGCAAUAUUAGAAAAAAUUAGGAAGACUCAAAGGCAAGACCAUCUAAAUGGUGCAGUGUCUGGGUCAGUGCAAGCUUCAGAUAGACUUAUGAAAGAGCUCAGGGACAUAUACAGAUCACAGAGUUAUAAAACAGGGAUUUAUUCAGUGGAACUCAUAAAUGACAGUUUAUAUGACUGGCAUGUUAAACUGCAGAAGGUUGAUCCUGAUAGUCCUUUGCACAGUGAUCUUCAGAUCUUAAAAGAAAAAGAAGGCAUAGAAUAUAUUUUGCUUAACUUCUCUUUUAAGGAUAACUUUCCAUUUGAUCCUCCAUUUGUUCGAGUGGUGUUACCUGUUCUCUCAGGAGGGUAUGUUUUGGGCGGAGGUGCGUUAUGUAUGGAGCUUCUCACGAAACAGGGCUGGAGCAGUGCCUACUCAAUAGAAUCUGUCAUCAUGCAAAUCAAUGCCACCUUAGUCAAAGGCAAAGCCAGAGUGCAGUUUGGAGCAAAUAAGAAUCAAUAUAAUCUAGCAAGAGCCCAACAAUCCUAUAAUUCCAUCGUACAGAUACACGAAAAAAAUGAUACACAUGGUGUUCUUCAUUUGACAUCUUUGUAUCCAGAACACUUGGCCUAGCUGUCCUGCGUCUGACUCAGGGGUGGUACACCCCUCCAAAGGAAGAUGGCUAGAAGUGUUGAUUGCUGUAUGUUUGGACCAAUGUUGCUUUAAAGAAAAUCUUCCCAACAUGCAGACACGAGCUUUGAGUGCCCCUAUAACAGCAGUACCGAAGACGUUAGCUAAUAGAUAUUUUAGUGGAUAAUCUGUCAGCUGACAUCCAGUAUAAGUUACAGCCUUUUCAUCUUGCUCAUCUUAGGUAUCUCGGACUGAGCAGUGGGGCCUUUACUGUAUUUUUCCUGAUAAAUACAUAUACUGGCCACUUCUUAUCAUCUCUUUUUCUUGAUAAGUGAAACCUUCGAAGCAGGCAAGUCAGCAUCAGGUUACUGAAGUUGUGACGCAUCUUGGGUAAUUUUCCUGUGUUGAGCCUACGGAUUUUGAUGACUUGCAAUACAUUGUUUCAUCUCGAGCCAAUAAAAGUUUAAUUGUUGUUUAAUACUGGUUUAGAAAAUUUAAGGUCUUCUAAAUCACAGUAGUUUUUUCAGGUCUAAAACCAUUUUAUGAUAUUGCCAAAAUAAUGACAGGAAACCUACUCAUUAAAUUGUUAAACUUUUUUAUGGCUGUGUGAAAAUAUGAACUCUUUGUUGUUGAUAUACGCUUAAUUGGGUUGUACUUUUUAAGUAAAGCAAAGCAAGGCUGUGCCAAUGAAGGCAUUUAAGUAGUAAUUUCCACUGGGGCAUCAAGAGUCUUACUGGGCUGAAUUUGCUUCUUGUUGGUUCAGUAUUCUUUAAGAGAAGAGCUACAGUAUAGAGCUUGAAAUUAUUUAAAAUACUAAGUCGUUUUACCUUUCCAUUUUAUUAACGGGAUGUUGCAAUCAUUUGUAAACUAAUAAAGUGAUUGGCACAAAGAUUCCUUGAGCAAAGGCUGCACAGUUAAAUCCAAAAAGAUAAUAUCUAAUUUGGAAACUCUUAAAAUUUGUUGCCAUAGUCAUAACAUAUGGCUUUUACGUUGAGAGACUAAAAGGAACUCUGCAUAUGUCAAUUCCUUUAUGAAACCUGACUCAAAUCAGUGUGCUCUCCAUUUUAUUGCCUUACCUGAAUCAGUCCUGUUUGGUUGGUAAUGGAUUUUUUGUACACCCACGUUUGAUUUAAAAGUAAAUUUUAGAUGUUAAUAAGCACUUUUAAAAAUGAACUCCAGAAGCACAUUUUUCUGCACAAACCAGUUACAAAGUUGAGAAGCCUUUCUUACACAUUUGCUCUGAGAUUCAGGUUUUAACUUUGUGAACCUCAUCAGAGAGACUUGGCACUUCUGUAUUAGUUGUGUGUGUUUUAUUUCUUUUGAUUCUAUUUUGGUUAAGAGGACAGUAGAUAAAGAUUUUCUGGCUUUCUGGUUCACUUGGUUAAAUUUGUAUAAAGUUCUGAUAGCCAGUUUUGCUCAGAUAAGAAGUGACAAGGCAGAACUCUUUAAAGCAUUAAAGUUCCUUAAACCUAAGGCUAAAUCUUGAAUACAUUAUUGAAUUCUUUAAUAUACUGAUGGCUAGCAGAUUGACGGCUGCACAUUUGGCAUGCUUUGUUUUUUUUUUGGAUUUUAUUUU